AUGGGGAGCAAGAUGGGAUACUACAACGUAGACGGGUUCAUCAAGCAGAAGGGGCAAGACAAGGUGGUCAAGAUGCCCCCAACGACAAAUCUCUUGGCUGCUGCAGACCAUAUUCGGAAGCUUUUCGAAGGGAAAAAGUUCGGCUAUGCUUUCAUGGGAGGACUGGAGAUGCUAUGUCUUGGACAUCGACGCGAAUCGCCGGAUCUACAGAUCGCCUACGACGACAAAGACUUCCACAAGAUGAAGUCCAAGCUGGAGUCAGACCAACGCAUUCGACUGCCAGAGGGCAUGAAUUCACUGUUCCCCGCGAAGGUUCUCAUUCGCACUGGCCCAGCGUACAAAGGCGAGGGCUGCACACACUCGGCAGACGUAGAGGUAGACCUUGUGCCACCGGGUCAGUCUUGCUUGUUGUAA